AUUUGUUUUCGCCUGUCAUUGUUCAAAGCAAGAUUGUAGUGCACUCAUUAAUAUCUCGUCCUUUUUUUUAUUGAGACCAUGCAUAUAAUUUGGUGGUUCAUAGUCUUAUUUGAUGUCAUUUCUAAAGCUGUGAAUGUUUCGAUAUUUGUAAUGCCUUUGUGCUGAUCACAUUUUGGCGUUGUUCUGUGGUCUAAUACCGGUGGUGAGACAAGGCUAUAAAGGAGGCAGUCUCUAGUAUAAGGCAAUCAGUUCAAAGAAAAUGUAUGUAACAUUAACAAAGCAAGUUUAGGUUUGACACGUAGGCUUUCGCUUCCAAUCUUAUUCAUAAUAAAGGUAUUUAUGGGUUAGAUCGCAAAAGUAUAAAUGUGUCGGGAACCCACCACCACACAACAGCCAAUCAGUAAGGUAUGUCACGUAAACAAAAACGUACCAAUUCGUUGCUAGUUCAAUACCACCGGUGUGUUGGAGAGUAAACCGACAACAUUGACAACUUGAGUACCGUGACGUUUCGCUGGUAAUUACAUCCAGCAUCUCGAUCAGGCUGGGCUGCUAUUGAAAAACCGGUCAUUCUGCAUCUUUUUUUCGCUUCCUCCAUUUCUGGGUUCGGCGCUUAUUCAUUCUUGAAAAUCUACAGAUCAUGAAAACUGGUCUCAGGUGCAACAUUGUUCGUUUGGGUGUUGUAGUUUUCUCGGGUUUUUUUUCCUUGUGAGUUUUAUAUGUUUCUGUUACUUGUGCCGAGACACAGGUGGUACAAUUCUAAAGCCCUGUUAUCCUAAGUUUAUCAAUCCGGAAUGCUCCAUUUACCGGCAUCUGUCAUAUAGACGGUGAUAACAGAAUCUUCCUUCACGUAUCGGGAAAAAAAUCCCAAGAGCCACGCCGGCAUCUUGCUGUGAGCUGCUCCGAAAGAUUGGUUGUUUGUGGAAGCUUCAGGACGCUGCUGAGUGGUGGCGGUGCUAGCGGAAGACUCGAUGUCCGUGUGCUGUCCUUGUGCGAUGUCCUUGUCCUGUAGUGUAACUUUAUAAACUGUACUCCAAUCUGCUUCUCCACAAUCCACUUAUAAUGUUCUAUAACUGACUGGUGAGUACCUUUGUAAAACAGAUUAUUAUUUAUUUCAUUAUAGUUACAAUGUAGGCUUAGCUUCUUUCAUGUAUUUGGAAAAUGUGGUGAACCCUAAGUAUAACUACUCUCAGAUAACCGGCACAUUUGAUUAACCGGCACCCUCCGUUCCCCAUGUAUGCCGGAUAACCGAGCUUGUACUGUAUUUAAGUGAGAUAAUUACAGAAUUACUAUUCCAUUAUUAAUUGCAGACACACACAAUGGGCUAAGCCCCAUGUAUAUGACAUAACACAUUGAAUAUACAUGUAAACACAUGCAUCGCACAAAGUCAUAGAUACUUGUUUUUUAUUUAAGAACCAAAACAAGAUAAGAUGGAACGAGACCUGUCCACCUCCCUCUGCCUUGCACCAGAUUCGAAGCUUUGUGGACCUCCCGUCCUUCACGGCACAUCCUCGGUCUCCCGUGUACUCUUGUUACUGAGUGUACAGGCAUUAGUUGUCCAGACCCCAAGCAAAGUCGCCGUCCAGUCUGGUGAGACCGCAUUCCUGAGCUGCCAGUAUACUUGCAACACUGUCGGUGUGACAGACACCGUGGUAGAAUGGUCGAGAGACUCUGGAUCACGGAGUGAGAAGGUGCUGGUGAACGACGGCUCGAUUCGACGCUACAACCCAAGGGCCGAGUGGCAGGGCAGCACUGAGAGCUGCACGGCGUCCAUCACAAUGGCCAGCGUCGAAACGUCGGAUGCCGGCUCAUACAAGUGCGAUGUGCUACUGCUGCCCAUGUAUGACGAAGGUCAAUGCUCACUGCAACUUUGGGUGUCGAAUCGCCCCGAGGGGACUGCAGCUCUUCCCACAGCAACCUCAAGCAAUACCGCAUUGUCCAGCUGGACAGAACCACCACCGACCUCGGUCAAUAACAUACUCGUGAUCGUCGCAGUGUCAGUGAUCCUGGUCGUUGUGGUCAUUGUGGUCGCUUUGGUUACCGUGCGCCUCAGGUACAGAUGCCAAAAACAGACACAACAAAGCAAUGAUCAUGAAAUGGAGAGAAUGGCUGAAACAGUUACCCUUGCUCCAGAGGAACGAAGAAAAAGCGGGGAAAACGAAGAAUCACAAAGUAUGGAAAUGAAAUAGUUUUGAAGACUUUUUAAUGGAACACAGAUAAUUUAUGCACUAAACAUUACCAUUUCUACAGAAUAAUUAUAAUAAAAAAAAUAUCGCAUAACGUGUAUUGUGAGAUCACUGCUCUAAGGGAUGUUGGUAGUCGUGAAGCAACUCCACCCUGUUGUAUGUGUCGGAAUUAUGAAAUUUUGAUGAAAAUAAUAAAAAUUAAUAAUUUUCCGAAAAAUGCGCAAAUCGCAUUAAUUAUGAUAGUGUGUGUAUUAAUACGCAUGAAUUAUGAUAAUGCGUGUGAUUAUAUGCAUAAAUUAUGAUAAUCACGGAGAUAAUCGUAGUAAUUUAUGCGGAGGCUUGCGAUUAUGUUAAUGUGUGCAGUUAUGAUAAUUUGCUUAGUUUCGUUUAUCCAGAGUUAUCAAUCAGGAUAACACGAUUAUCAUAGAUUCAUUUACCGAUUAUCCUAGUGUGUGUUAUAAUAUUUUAGGUCUCCAUUUUCAUAUCUCAUCGCAGGAUACAGCUCUUAUGAAUAAGAUGGUUUUGCAUGGACUUGGAAAGAACACUCAAUAUGCUUCUGUGAUAACAAUUUUAUUCUAACAAGCACGCGACAUUCUAUCAUGCAGGUCAAACAUGCGUCAAUAAUUCAUGGGCAAGAUUAUGCAAUUAACUAAUAUGAACGACAAAAACUUAUGCAGUUGUGAAAUUAUGCAAUUAUGCAAUAUGAAUAACGAAACUCUUAUGCAUUUGACUAAAAUGAAUGAAUAAACACUUAUGCAUUUGUGAAAUUAUGCAAUUAUGCAAUAUGAAUAACGAAACUCUUAUGCAUUUGACUAAAAUGAAUGAAUAAACACUUAUGCAUUUGCGAGACUAUGUAUUUAGCUAAAUUGAAUAACUAAAAUUCUUAUGCAUUUGCGAUAUUAUGCACUAACUAAUAUGAAUAACCAAACUCUUAUGCAUUUGACUAAAAUGAAUGAAUAAACACUUAUGCAUUUAACGAACUGAAUGACUAAAAACACUUCUAUCAAUUGUAACCUCUACUUUUCCUACCAGGCAUCAUUAGUUCGCCCAUGUAUUGAUCACAAUCGGCGACUGGUCGAGUUUGAAAACAAGCAUGACACACUUCAUAUGGCGGUAAUAAAAAGCACUUAUUGUAUCCCAGAGGCGAAAGUAUAUGUCAAUAGAUUCAUCGGCAAGUCUAAAAUCCUUUUUAACGGAAUGUUUGAUACAAUGGUGGGUGAGGGCGUGUGGGCGCGAGAGCGAAUCUGGCUCUAUUUUAAUUAACUCUUCGGCGAGAUUCUGGGACAAAGGAAACUGGUUUGACAAGAUUUUCUCUGUGUUUCUUGAGUCUGUAUGUGGGGAGCGAUACGACCUCUGUUGUUUGUGCGAGCGGCAGCUGAGACUUUCUCCGCUGUGAGGUGAGCGGCGGCGCUCGUUCAGAAGACUUUGACUCUUUUUCUCCACGGCGGGAUGACGAGUCGGUUU